UGGGCUGAAGUAAAACAAUAGCUACAUGCAAACUACAGUUGAAAAUUUGAAGCCUACAUACCUCAGUGCAAGUACUAAGCAGAAAUGGGAUGCAUCUCUUCGAAACAAACCAAAGAGGACAAGCCUACUCCAUCAGAAGUGCCAAAUCUGGAAGAAGCACUAGAGAAACUGGCCAGAGAUGAGGAAAAGCUAUACGGUGAGAUUGAAGACAUAGAGAGAGACCUGAAAGAAGAGCAGAACGAGACACGUAAACAAAGCCUUCGAGCCAAACUGAGCAGAAAAGAGAGUGUAUUACAAAGAGUUCAGAGAAAUAGAGAGACUGUGGAGAAAUGUUCUAGUGCACAGACAAUGAAGCUCAAUCAAAUCGGCAGAAGGGCAUCCAUGAGAGUCAGGGAGGAAGUGGACAGAGCCAUGGAUAUAAAUAAUCGUGUGGGCACACUUAACCGUGUUCAAGAGAGUGAGGUGUAAUCAAGUCUCAACACUUCAUACAUUUUAUCGAUCUUUCACAGAACUAUUUUCACACAUUUCAUUCACUGUUUUUUAUAUUUCUUGAUCUAAUAAAAUGUUUACAACAUUG